GCUCAAUGGGUUGACGAGCGCGAUGGUCCCAUCAGACAUGUGGAUGGGUUAAAAACGGAGGAGUUCCCUGGAAAAGACACGGUUGACAAGAUGUGGCGACAUGUAGUCGAGCUGUACGAUGAGUCUCCUGCUCUGGGAACACGUCAGCUGUUAGCAGUUCAUCACGAAAAGCAGCCAGAUGGACGAGUGUUUGAAAAGGUGAAAGAUCGUGUGCACUUUUAA